AGUCCGCCUCGGGAGCGCGUGGUGACGGGAGGGGUGCCGAACCGUGGGGUGUGUGUCGCGACGACCGGCGCGCAGAGUGAACUGGGUCGAACGGCAGCGGUGAUCUACAGCGAGGGGUCAGACCAGUGUGAGUCACAGUGAGCGCGGUGCCGUACGACAUACCGAACUUUGGAGUGCAGCUGCUUAUGGUUACCUUUCCAAGUGACUAUGUGUGGUGACCAGCGGUGACCUGUGGUGACCUUCGGUGACCUGCGCUGACAGACAUGGCGCUGUCGUCAGCCGCACUGCUGGCGCUCCUGGCGCUGCUGGCAGGACCGGCGCUGGCAGAGGAAGUGGUGCUCUUGGACACGACGAGAGAAGUGGAGCUGAACUGGACCAAGUAUCCGUUCGGACCGCAAUCAAAAACGCCAGGAUGGGUGGAGGAGAGCUUCACCAACUUCGCCAAGGGCAUCAACUGGCGGUCGUACGUGGUGUGCGACGUCGCCCACCAGAACGUCAACAACUGGCUGUGGACGCCGUUCAUCGAGCGAGGCGAGGCAGAACGCAUCUACAUCGAGCUGCGCUUCUCGAUGCGCGACUGCUCGCUGUUCCCCGGAACACCGCUCACCUGUAAGGAAACCUUCAGCCUGCUGUACUACGAGUUCGACGCGGCCACGCGCGAACCUCCGCCCUGGGAACCGGAGAGCUACCGGCUGAUUGACCGGAUCGCUGCCGACCAGGGUCGCUCCACGUCCAGUCAACAGCAGGUCAUCAACGUCGAGACGCGCUCCAUCCCCGUCACCAAGAAGGGCGUCUACUUCGCGGUGCGCGACCAGGGCGCCUGCAUCUCCCUGCUGGCCGUCAAGGUGUACUACCAGACGUGCCCGCAGGUGACGGCCGGCUUCGCGCAGUUCCCGGCCACACCUACCGGACGAGAAGAGACCAUGAUCAAAACAGCACGGGGCAGCUGCGUCGCCAACGCGGUACGACAACAUGACUCGGUGCCCAAGUACAUCUGCAAGGGCAAUGGAGAGUGGGAGCUGCUCGACGGCGGCUGUCUCUGCAAGCCCGGCUUCGAGUCCGACAUGGAACGCCAGCGGUGUCAAGUGUGUCCUCCGUCACAGUUCAAGCACACGGUGGGAAACAGCUCCUGUCGCGCUUGUCCCGACCACAGCAGCGCGUCGUACGCCGCCUCCGUGCAAUGUCACUGCGAGGCUGGCUACCACAGGGCGGCAAAGGACCCACGAGACGCACCCUGUACACAGCCGCCGUCGGAGCCGCAGCGGCCGGUGGUGGAGUUUGUCGACCAGGGUACGGCUGUACUGGUCUGGCAGCGUCCCAUGUACGAGGGAGGACGAACAGACACCACCUACUACAUUCGCUGCGCCCAGUGCGGCGGCUCGGUGCACUACACUCCGGCUCAGGCCGGUCUUAAUACCACUAAGGUGACAGUGAUGGGCCUCAGCCCGGUCACUGCCUACGAGUUCCAAAUCUACAGCAGCAACGGCGUCUCGUCGCUGGCAGGAGACGACAAAUAUGUCCAGAUCAAGGUCACCACUGAGGCUUCAGUGCCGUCGAUGGUCUCGGAGCUCGAGCUGAGUGCCGUGCGCUCCUCUGAGGUUGUCCUCGUGUGGGACCCGCCUGCCGACCCACAAGAGGAAGUCCUCAACUAUGAGGCCCGAUACUUCGUCAAGGGCCGAGAGUCGAACGCCAGCAGUGUGUUCACGGACGAGCCGCGCACGACCAUCUCCAGCCUGCAGCAGCGCACAGAGUACGGGUUCCAGGUGCGGGCGCGGACCAGCCGCGGCUGGGGCGAGUUCACGGACCCCGUGUUCGGUACCACUGGCCAGCUGCUCGGCACAGCGUAUGUUGGCGAGGAUGACGGCGUGAAGGUGCGCAUCAUCGCCGGUGCCACGGUGGCCGUCAUCGCCCUGCUCGUCAUUAUCGUCAUCAUGGCGGUACUCUUCCUCAGAAGCCGAGGUAACGAGGAGUGCAAUAAGAAACAGCCGAGCGACUGUGAUACGCUGGAGUAUCGCAAUGGUGAAGGCCUGGUAGUGACCUACAUGCACCAUGUGGCCAACGGAUCGAUAGUGCAGACCCAUACGGCAGGAAUGACGACGCCGCUGUUCAACCCGGUGACCCACCAGCGGACCUAUAUUGACCCUCACACGUACGAGGACCCGAACCAGGCGAUACGCGAGUUCGCCCGCGAGAUCGACGCGUCUCACAUCAUCAUCGAGGCGGUGAUCGGCGGCGGCGAGUUCGGAGACGUCUGUAGAGGAAAACUCAGGAUUCCAGCUCGUCAGGAGAUCACUGUCGCCAUCAAGACACUGAAGCCGGGUUCAUCGGAGAAAGCCCGAGUGGACUUCCUGACUGAGGCUUCCAUCAUGGGCCAGUUCGAGCACCCGAACGUCAUCUUCCUACAGGGCGUGGUGACCAAGAGCAACCCGGUGAUGAUCAUUACCGAGUUUAUGGAGAACGGCAGCCUGGACACCUUCCUCAGGGCAAACGACGGCAAAUUCCAGAUCCUUCAGCUGGUUGGAAUGCUGCGUGGUAUUGCCGCGGGCAUGCAGUAUCUCUCUGAGAUGAACUACGUGCACCGCGACCUGGCCGCGCGCAAUGUGCUGGUCAACUCGCAGCUGGUGUGCAAGAUUGCAGACUUUGGCCUGAGCAGAGAGAUUGAGAGCACCACAGAGGGCGCGUAUACCACACGGGGCGGCAAGAUCCCAGUGCGGUGGACUGCGCCGGAGGCCAUCGCCUUCCGCAAGUUCACGUCCGCCUCGGACGUGUGGAGCUUCGGCAUCGUGGCGUGGGAGGUGAUGUCGUACGGAGAGCGGCCCUACUGGAACUGGAGCAACCAGGACGUCAUCAAGAGCAUAGAGAAGGGAUACCGGCUGCCGGCGCCGAUGGACUGCCCGGAGGCGAUGCACCAGCUGAUGCUGGACUGCUGGCAGAAGGAGCGUGCCCACCGGCCGGCCUUUGCCAGCACCGUCAAAACGCUGGACAGUCUCAUCAACUGCCCGGACACGCUGCGUAAAGUGGCGCCCAAUAGCAGGUCAAUGCCAAGUUACGGGCCGUACUAUACCACCACAUCGUCUUGGGUGCAGUUCACCCCCGAAUACUCUAGGAACACGAACCCGCUGGCCCCGGACGCGCCCGAUCUCACCCAGAUCACCACUGUCGAGGAGUGGCUGGCGUCCAUCAAGAUGACCCGCUACUUGGAGAACCUCCAGGGAGCCGGCAUCACCAGCAUGGAUGCCGUGACGCGGCUGACGCACGCCGACCUUCCGGCGCUCGGUGUCACGCUGGUCGGCCACCAGAAAAAGAUCAUGAACAGUGUGCAAGCGUUACGCGCCCAGAUACAUGCGAAUAUGUCUGAGGCGUACUUCGUGUAGUGGUCGAGUGGCGGCGCUAGUGCGGCGCCAAGUCAACGGGCUUUAACGGGCGCCCGCCCGGUGGCGCCGAGGAGACUCAUCAAAAUGUCAUGCCCUCCACAGUUUGUGUGCGCGGACCGCGGACAUUCCAUAAGCGGUGCAGUGUCCGCGCUAGGUGUUAUCGAAGUGCGGCGAGGCGGCGCGCCCGCCUUCCAAAGACAUUAAUAUGAAAGCCUGUGAUCUUAUGAUAAGUGUGCCGUCGGUUCGUUCUCCCCCAGUGUGUCGUCAGCUGUAUGUCUAGUCUCCAGUCUGCCCCCCUCGCCGGGACGCUUCGCUCUCCCUCGCCCGUGCCCCCGACUCGCUGUUUCUUUCACGGUGGACACCUGUGAUGUUGCCUUUGAUGAUUUGUACUGAGUUUUAUCGCCUGUAUUUAUGUUUUGUACAAACUGUACAUUCGCCAAUAUGCAAAGCCCUUUAUGGUGGUACUGCGGGAGGCGCGAAGCCGUCACUGCAGCACGGGCAUCUCUCGCGGCUCGUGUAGCGAUUCGAGCGUUAUUGUGUCGUUCGGGCGCUCGCUGCAGCUAGUGUCAGUGUGUGCUGACCGUCAUCGAAAGUGUUGUAACGAAUGUGCGAGGUACGCGUGUGUAUGAUGCAUCAGAUUGAUAAGUGAGUGUGUCAGUGCCAGCGCAACUGGGAGCAAGGCUCAGCGUGUGUCUACGCUCUGUCGACUGGCGGCCGCUGACUCAAAUGCUAGUUCUCCUCCUUGUCCCUGGGCAGCGCUAGGUGCAUCUGAAGCAAAACCAGGGGACGAGUGAGCGAAACUGUCAUUACGGCGGCCUGUCAUCCAUUAUUUCGAUACUAAACAACCAUCAUAUCGAAGCUCCCUCUCCCUUCGGUGGUGUUGGCUGCUGUCGAUCGGCUCAGCGCGCCUGUCUGAAUCCACAGACCCUGUGAAUCUGGCGGCCGCUCUAGUUGACAGCUCGCGACUUCACCCAGUUUGUCUGCCAUGGUGGCCCGAGCAGAGCGCCCGGGACACCCAACGAAACGUACACGGCUAGUUCCUUUCUGAGAGUGUCUGUAUGCGCGACGAGUGUGUGUACCGAGCUCGCCGUCUGCGCAGCGACGGUCACCGAGCGCGUUUGGUUGCAAAACACUGUUGUUAACGCACGCGUUAUUGGUUGGCGCACUCGAAACGUUGGCUGCCCGUUUCCGAUGCUUAAAUUUCAGCUUCCUUGGCGUGAGAGGGAUCAAGUUUUUGAUACAUAACGCUGUUGUACUAUUUGUAUAGAGCUUUGAGUUGAAAAUAAAUGAUGGUAUUUGUA